AACAUGGGGGACGUGAAACUGGUGACAGCUACUAGAAUCUCCAAAGCCACCUUGACACUAGACCACUCGUCCUUAAGGUCUCCUGCUCUAACAGAAGCUCCAGCAUUUACUCUACCUCCAAGGAAUAUCCGGGUGCCACUUGGAGGCACAGCCAGAUUUGAAGGAAAGGUCAGAGGCAAUCCAGAACCUCAGAUCACAUGGUACAAAAAUGGACAUCUCUUGACCGGAGGAGAGCGCUGGCUAAUGGACUGCAGCGUUCGAGGGAUUUUCAGCUUAGUGAUCAAAGGAGUGCAAGAGGAUGACAGUGGUCCAUACACAUGUGAGGCCGCAAAUGAUGGUGGUGUUCGUCAAAUGACUGUGGAGUUAACAGUGGAAGAAAAUGUUCUGAAGAAGUACAGCCUCCCUUUUGCUGCCAAGAGUUCUAGUGGCAGACUUUCUGUUCCACCUGUGGAACAACGGCACAGCAUCUGGGGUGAGUGUCCGCCCAAGUUUGCUACAAAACCCAAUCGCGUCAUUGUACGAGAGGGACAGACUGGUAAAUUCUCCUGUAAGAUAACAGGUCGGCCUCCGCCUCAAGUAACGUGGUCCAAGGGUGAUUGUCAGAUGCAGAAAAAUGAUCAUUUCAACAUGUACGAGAAAGGAGGCAUCCAGUUUUUGGAGAUGCAGAAUGUUCAGCUGGCUGAUGCCGGAAUUUACACAUGCACUCUGAUGAAUAGUUCUGGGAAGGCUUCUGUGUCUGCAGAGCUGAUGGUUCAAGGUUCUGAUAAGAGAGAAGUGUGCGCUCAUCCUCUGUGCACCUCAACAAAAUCAACUGUUACAACCAAAGCUACUGAAGCAUCACCAUUCAGGAAGGCCACUAGCAAUGGAAUUGUUAAAGACCUCAAAUCCACUACCACAGAACUUUUGCUAGAACCCAAAGACAGGGCUGCUGUGAAGAAAGAGACUUCCCUCAUUUCAUCCAAAGAAACCAAACAGAGUAGUUUAGAGCAGACAAGGGAACCCAAUGUACAGCCACCCAAAGAAGAAAGGAAGGGCUAUCGGGUUUUGCAGAAAACAUCAAGCACCAUUACCCUACAAGCUAUAAAAGUACCAACAGGAGCAAAGGCAGGACCAAACACAACUUCCUUGAGACGGGAGGAAGAUGGGAAAGGACCAAAGCAAUCCGGGACAACUAGUUGGCAAACACCUUCUACAGUGAGGCUGGGUGGUCUGAGGACUAAGGAACUUGAAGACAAUGUGGAAUUAAAGAAAAAUGCAGCAGAAGUAAAGAGGGAGACUCAAGGAAUACUUCCCCAGUUUGAGAGUCGCCCAGAAAGCCAAGAAAUACUAGAAGGAGAAGAAGUUACAUUCAAAUGCAAAGUUUCAGGGAAGCCCAAGGCUAAUGUGGAAUGGUUCAAAGAGGGAGCCCAACUGGAAGCAGGAGAUAGAGUUCAGAUAUAUGAAGAAGAUGGAAUCCAUUGUUUGUGCCUGAAAAAAACCAUCUUGGAAAACAGUGGCUCUUACUGUUGCACAGCCUCAAAUGUUAGAGGUCAGACUUCAACCAGGUGGAUGUUAACUGUAAGACGGCCUAAAUUGAAGGAGGUGGCACCUCACUUUUCCAGCGUAUUGAAAUCAUGCAGUGUAUGUGAAGGGCAGGAUUUUGUGCUUCAGUGCUCAGUUGAAGGAACGCCUGUGCCUCAGAUUACUUGGCUCCUCAAAGAUCGGCCAAUUCAGUAUGCCCAUUCCAUUUUUGAAGAUGGGAUUGCAAAGCUGACUGUUCAAGAUGCCUUACCAGAAGAUGAUGGCAUUUACACUUGCCUAGCCGAAAACAGUGCUGGAAUGGCAUCUUGCAGUGCUCAAGUUACUGUUAAAGCAGAAAAGAAGAGCAGAAAGAAAUUGGAACGGGCACUUCCUUCUCCAGCCAGCAAAACCUUCCCUCCAAUCUUCCUUAAAGGUCUAACUGAUCUCAAGGUGAUGGAUGGUAGCCAAGUGAUUAUGACAGUAGAAGUUUCAGCUAACCCUCCUCCUGAAAUAAUGUGGUUACACAAUGGGAAAGAAAUCCAGGAAACAGAGGACUUUCACUUUGAGAAGAAAGGCAAUGAAUGCAGUCUGUAUAUACAAGAGGUAUUCCCUGAAGAUACUGGAAAGUAUACCUGUGAGGCCUGGAAUGACUUAGGAGAAGCUCAGACCCAAGCAACACUGACUGUACAAGAACCUCAGGAUGGCAUUCAGCCAUGGUUCAUUAGCAAGCCAAGAUCAGUGACGGCAGUUGUUGGGCAGAACAUCCUUAUUUCUUGUGCCAUUGCUGGAGAUCCUUUUCCUACAGUUCACUGGUUCAGAGAGGGGCAGGAAGUCACCCCAGGAGCAGGCUGGGAAUUUCUGCAGAAUGAAGACGUCUUCACGUUGAUUAUAAGGAACGUGCAGCCCCGUCAUGCUGGGCAGUAUGAAAUACAACUCAAGAACCAAGUUGGAGAAUGCCGCUGUCAGGUGUCUUUGAUGCUAAGAGAAACUACAGUUGCCAGAGAAGCAAUAUUCAGAGAUGGAAGGCAGACGGAACAAAGAGAUGCUAACGAUCAUGAUACGCUAACGUUCAGGAGCACUGUUGGCUUCAGAAGGAGUACUGGUGAAGCCCAGCAAGUUGAGGAAGAGCAGGAGGACGUCCGAGGGGUUCUCAAAAGGCGAGUGGAAACCCGAGAGAGCACAGAGGAAAAACUGAGGCAACAAGAGGUUGAACAGAUUGACUUCCGUGACAUUUUGGCAAAGAAAGUCAGCACCAAAAGCUUUUCUGAGGAGGAGCUGAAGGAAAUUCCAGCUGAACAAAUGGACUUCCGUGCUAACCUGCAGCGGCAGGUCAAACCCAAGGCCUUGUCGGAAGAGGACAGGAAAGUCCAUAGUCCUCAGCAGGUGGACUUCCGUGCUGUGCUGGCUAAGAAGGGCACACCCAAACCACCUGUAUCAGAAAAGGCACCAGCCUCUAAACCAGCCACCCCUGAUUUUAGAUCUGUUCUUGGGGCGAAGAAAAAGGCACCAACUGAAAAUGGAGGUCCCAGUGCCCAAGCCCAGAAUACCAACUCCAGCUUGGAAGUGGAGAAACCUGGCACCAAGCCCAAAGUACCAGAUUCCAGUGCCAAUGCUAAGACACUACCAGUGUCCAAGACAUUGGACAACAACACCACAACUACCAAAACACCGAAUUCAAGCACAACUUCAGAAACUAAGAAUGCCAUCUCAAAAUCUAAAAUGCAGAACACUAGCACCAACUCUGAAGCCCAGACUACUAAUGCCAGUUCUGAAGUGCUGAAUUCCAAACCAGGGGAGAAAGAGGAUAAGAAUGAUAUUAACUGUGAAGAUUGCCCAGUAGAAGAUGGAGGAAUAAUUGAAGAAAAGGUAGAGGAUAGCAAAGCAGAGCCUAAGAGAACAGCGCCAUCAUUUACAGAAAAGCUAAAGGAUAUCCAUGUAACAGAGGGUGAAAAACUAGUCUUGCAAUGUCAGGUUUCUGCAGAUCCACUUGCUGCUGUCACCUGGACUCUGGAUGGAAAAGUCAUCAAAUCAUCAAAAUUUAUUGUCCUCUCCCAAGAAGGAUCUUUGUGUUCUGUAACCAUUGACAAGGCCUUUCCUGAAGAUGAGGGUCAGUACAAAUGCAUAGCUGAGAAUACCGCAGGAAAAGCAGAAUGUUCUUGCAGUGUGUUGGUGGAAGAGUCCUUAAAGCACACUGAAAAGAAGAGCAAAAAGCCAAAAAGUUCAGUUGUUCCUGUGCUCACAACAGAAAGUGAGGCAACAGUAAAGAAGAAACCAACUCCAAAGACCCCACCCAAAGCAGCUCUUCCCCCUCAGAUUGUUCAGUUCCCAGAAGACCAAAAAGUUCGGGCUGGAGAAUCAGUGGAGCUAUUAUGCAAAGUCACAGGAACUGCACCCCUGACAUGCACCUGGAUGAAAUUCCGGAAGCAGAUCCAAGAGAAUGAACACAUCAAAAUUGAGAAUGCUGAGAACAGCAGUAAACUAACUAUCACCUCCACAAAGCAGGAACACUGUGGAUGUUAUACACUGGUGGUGGAAAACAAACAGGGCAGCAGACAAGGACAGGUUAACCUUACCAUUGUAGAUAAACCUGACCCCCCAGCAGGAAGGCCUUGUGCAUCAGAUAUUAGGUGUUCUUCACUUACCAUCUCAUGGUAUGGCUCUUCUUAUGAUGGUGGAAGUGCAGUGCAGUCUUACACUGUGGAAAUCUGGAACACACUGGAGAACAAAUGGACAGAUCUCACAACAUGCCGUAGCACUUCUUACAAUGUCCAGGAUCUGCUGCCUGACAGGGAGUACAAAUUCCGGGUGCGAGCUGCUAAUGUCUAUGGGAUAAGUGAGCCAAGCCAAGAAUCAGAGCUGGUGAAAGUAGGAGAGAAGCAAGAAGGCCCUAAAGAAGAGGAGGAGGAAGCUGAAGGGUCUGAUGAAGAAGAGAAAGAAACUGAAGCUGACUAUCGGACAGUGAAGAUCAAUACAGAACAAAAAGUUUCAGAGUUCUAUGACGUUGAAGAAAGACUGGGAUCUGGAAAAUUCGGACAAGUCUUCAGGCUUGUUGAGAAGAAAACCAGAAAAGUUUGGGCAGGAAAGUUUUUUAAAGCAUAUUCGGCUAAGGAUAAAGAAAACAUAAGGCAAGAGAUCAGCAUUAUGAAUUGUCUACAUCAUCCUAAACUUGUCCAGUGUGUAGAUGCCUUUGAAGAGAAAGCUAACAUUGUCAUGGUCUUGGAACUUGUUUCUGGAGGGGAGCUAUUUGAGAGAAUAAUUGAUGAGGACUUUGAACUAACAGAGAGAGAGUGUAUUAAGUACAUGAAGCAGAUCUCAGAAGGCGUGCAGUAUAUUCAUAAGCAGGGCAUUGUGCAUUUGGAUUUGAAGCCAGAAAACAUUAUGUGUGUCAACAAGACCGGCACAAAAAUCAAGCUGAUCGACUUUGGACUUGCACGAAGAUUAGAAAGUGCAGGUUCCCUGAAAGUCCUCUUUGGGACACCGGAAUUUGUGGCUCCAGAAGUUAUAAACUAUGAGCCUAUUGGACAUGCAACAGACAUGUGGAGCAUAGGAGUCAUCUGCUAUAUUUUAGUCAGCGGACUUUCUCCUUUCAUGGGUGAUAAUGACAAUGAAACCUUAGCCAACGUUACUUCUGCCACCUGGGAUUUUGAUGAUGAAGCUUUUGAUGAGAUCUCAGAUGAUGCCAAGGACUUCAUCAGCAACCUUCUAAAGAAAGACAUGAAGGACCGCUUGGAUUGCACACGAUGCCUUCAGCACCCUUGGCUGCAAAAAGACACCAAACACAUGGAAGCUAAAAAACUGUCAAAAGAUAGGAUGAAAAAGUACAUGGCCAGGAGAAAAUGGCAGAAAACAGGUAAUGCAGUCCGUGCCAUAGGAAGACUAUCCUCUAUGGCAAUGAUUUCUGGUCUAAGUGGAAGGAAGUCCUCUUCAAGUUCACCAACCAGCCCUGUUAGUGCAGAAAAGAUAGAAGCUGAAGAUGAAGCUGCUAACACUCUCCUGGAAGCAGUUGAUGAAGAAAGGCCCCAUAUGAAGCCAUAUUUCUCUAAAACAAUUCAAGAUAUAGAAGUUGUGGAAGGCAGUGCUGCUAGAUUUGACUGUAAAAUUGAAGGCUACCCUGACCCUGAAGUGAUUUGGUACAAAGAUGACCAAUCUAUCAAAGAGUCCCGGCACUUCCAGAUAGACUAUGAUGAAGAUGGAAACUGCUCUUUAACUAUUUCAGAAGUUUGUGGAGACGAUGAUGCCAAAUACACCUGCAAGGCAGUCAACAGCCUUGGGGAAGUCACCUGCACUGCAGAACUCAUUGUAGAAACAAUGGGGAAGGAAGAAGAGGAGGAAGAGGAAGAAGAAUAG